AUGACUGCUAUCGCAUUUGGUGCAAUUGAAUCUAUAAAUCCAAUUGAACGUAGUGCAGACGAGACAUCAUCUGCAUCAUUCACGCAAGUUUGUCUCGGUUUUAUUUCGACCAUGUUCGAUAAACAAGCUUUAGUCAUUGGAAAUGAUGAUUACGGAGCAGGAAACCGGUUACAAUCGUGUGUUUAUGAUGCUGAAACGAUGACUCGUUCUUUACAUUCAAUAGGCUUCGAUGUACAACCUCAGAUCAAUCUUCGAAAUGAUCAAAUGUCAUUAAUCUCUCGUAAAUUCGCACAGUCUAUUCGCCCCGGUGCAAUCGUUGUGUUCUAUUUUUCUGGUCAUGCUGGUGAGUUUAAUGGGAAAAAUUAUUUGCACGGAGUAGAUUCCACUGGAGACAAUCUUCCUAAUGUUCAGGACUUACUUAGAGAGAUGCAUCAGAACAGACCAAGAGUGGUUAUCUGCAUUCUGGAUGGUUGUCGUAAUCGUAUGGAGUCUUUGUACCAAGCUCUUGGCCUCGAUGGAAGAUCACGAUUGAGAAAUGGUCUCGUGCCAAUGGGAGGACCACCAUCAACGAUUAUCGCUUUUUCCAGUGCGGCAGGAAAAAACUCUGAGGCCGGACAUUUUGGUGAAAAUAGUAUAUACACCAAAUAUCUACUUCGUUAUAUUAGAGCAGCAAAUACGGAUAUUGAUAUCGUGUUGAAAAAUGCAGCUGUGGAUGUUCAAAGAGCCACAACGAACCGCCAAAUACCAUAUCUAUAUACGAAUUGUAACGAACAUAUUUAUUUGAAUGUUAUUCCAAGUCGUAAUAAUAAGGCCUGGUCCGAUUCUAUGCAAUUCGAUCCUCCCAUUCAUCAAAAUCAAUAUAUGACUCAGAGUAUUUGGCCUCACACCGGAAACUUUUCAUAUCCUCACUAUGAUCAUGCUGGCAUGAUAAAUAACCAAUAUCCAGUGUAUGAAAAUGCAUGGUAUAAUACCAUGAUGUAUCCUUAUACAUAUACUUACCUACAAAUGUUUCUAUAG